AUGGUGUGGGAAUACGGGUAUUAUAACAAACACUUGGAAGCAUUACUAGAUUUAGAACAAGAACGAAUUUCAUGGCCACAAGGAUCACGAUUAGCGACAAUAAUACAAGGAUUUGAAUAUGGAAAAACUGAAUUUGGAAAUCACAAAUUGUCCAAUGUUAUUGAUGCAAUGGAUGAAUCUCAUAUACCUAUUCGUGCACCUUCUAAAAAUGGUUCACGUUAUAUAAAUUGUAAAAGCUUUCAUUCGAUUAAUCUUCUUGGAGUUGUUGAUCAUCAAGGACGUUUUAUUUAUAUACAUGUUGGAGAAGCAGAAAUUUCUUUGCAUCCAGAACAAUGGGUUCCAGGUGGUAUACAUAUUAUUGCAGAUGCAGCAUAUCCUUUAUGA